UCUUUUUUGUUAUGUAUAUUUUUGAAUUGGUUAAAAAACUUUCUAUAUAAUAUAUACAUGCUUAAUAUUACUAAUGCAAUGAGGCAGCGGCGGCAGCAGCGGCAGCAGAGGCCGGCCAAUGAGUCCAUGGCGGAGGAAAAGGCGUUCGUGAUGUCGGAGCCGCCCACAUCGAGCUACGACCUGCAGCAAUGGGCCGAAAAGGAGGAGGAAAAGGAAGAGGGUGAGGGCAACGAGGAAGAACACAAAGUACGGAAAAGCGCCAACAUAGCAUUGGCGCCCGUAGCAGCAGCAGCAGCAGCAGCAUGCGACGACACAGACACGCUGCUCAAGCGAGUGUCCUCGAUGCCGGGCAACCUGUCACUGUUCCGCGCACACCUAACAAACCCAUUGCAGCGGCCAGAGUUUCGCGCAGCGCCGCCAUAUACCCGGCGGCAGGCGGCGCAGCUUCCAGCUAACGAGCCCGACUCAACGCCGGUCUAUGGCGCCGUGCUGCUGGGCGUCACCAGCGUAAUGUUCGUUCUGCUUAUGUAUGCGCUGGUGGUGGCCAAAUUCAUGCCCAAGACUGGGUUUUGGCUGCUGGACGCGGUGAAAAAAGAUGAUUACUUUUGCUUGCUCGUGCCGAUCACUGGGCUGUCGUUUACAUUUGCAGUGUUUUGGAACUGGCUUGGGAUGAAGUUCUUUCGGCACAAUUAAACAGGGGAAAUAGCGAUAGGCUUUUUCGCAGGCUUUGGGGCAGGGGGUUGGAUCAAGAAGUGGUGGUUGGGUUGAUUUUAUCUGCUGCUUUGGGUGUGUGGAUUGAGUGAACUGGACCGGGGGAUCAAGAGCGGGAGGAGAGAGAUAACCGACUUUUUCUAUUAAUUAAUUUUUUGUUUGCAUUGG